CGUCUGAGCGACUAGCACACCACCCGUGUGUGAUUAGAUGUGCCGACUGUAACUUUGGUCUGAAGUGGAAGAGGCAAUCAGUGCUGCUGUAACUGAGACGUCCACGCAGGGGAUAGUAUAGACGGCCCCUCACUUUGUCAACAACCGGGAGUGUGGGUAAAGCGCACACCCAUCCUGCUCAGACAACUCUUAAGGGGCCACUCAGUCGUCUAUCGGGCUACGUCGUGCUACGGCGCUAUGGACAUUCGGUCCUAGUAACUUCUCACCUGGUCAUUGCUACGUUGCAAUUACCGACAAUUCGGUAAUAUUAAUGAGGUAGCGAUCGCAGCCGUCGAAAGCUCGGAAAUUUUAUUUGGUGGACUGUAAGAUUUCUAUACAACAACCUGUACGGCCUAACAGAAGAUUGUGCCGAGUACGGGGGUGAAGGCGCCGUGUGGAAUAGGAUACUUAGGCCCAUGUUUGGACUCCAAGACACGGGACUCCAACCAAGGGGUCCCAUGGCGACUUUGAAGGAAGAACCUCUCAACACCCAGUUAGGAAGUGUCAGAGGUGGUUGGAUGCAACCCGCUAUGUUAGACCAAAAUCCAACCAGCAUCGGGUUAGGUCGUGCCCAUUUCGAAAAACAGCCUCCAUCCAACUUAAGGAAGAGCAACUUUUUCCAUUUUGUGAUUGCCCUUUAUGACAAAUCGGGACAGCCUGUCGAAGUGGAGAGAACAGCAUUUGUUGGAUUCGUCGAGAAAGACCAGGUAAGUUACACCCUAUUUUACAUAGUUUUUGCAUUCCUAAAAUUUCCUAUUUGAUAAAAUAUCUCCUAAAAACACCCUAAAAAUGGUUGUCAGCAUUUUAAAAAUCGUUUAGAACUUGU